AACGGAAACCGUCGUGGAGAUGCUUCUUGAACGUCCCAAUGGAUACAGGAAGGAGACUUAACUAACGUUACUUCAGGGCUUUUGGAAUGUUUUCUUUAAAGUUAUCGUAUUCUCCUCGCAAUGUGUACAAUUUAACGCCCGGUAAAUUCGUGGUUUGCUAAUUAAAGCAUUAAUCUGACUCAGAAGGUGCAACAAGCUAUCAGACGUCACUGCUAAUUUGCAUGAAACGCUUUUUGUGACUAAAACAUUGCAGGCAGGCUUAGUUAGUUAGUCUGCUAACUUAAUCAGAAUGACCCAGCAAGGAGCUGCACUGCAAACCUACAACAAUGAGCUUGUCAAGUGCAUAGAGGAACUGUGUUCUAAAAGAGAAGAGUUGAACCGGCUGAUCCAGCAGGAGGAAGCAGAGAAAACUCGUCUGCAGCAUGAUAUCCGUUUGCUGACAGACAAGCUGAGUCACGUGAACGAGAGCCUGGCACACCGCCUUGCAGCCCGCGCUGACUUUGACCGCACAAUCGCAGAGACCGAGGCUGCGUACAUGAAGAUUCUUGAAAGCUCUCAGACACUUUUGAGUGUUUUGAAGAAGGAAACAGGAAAUCUGACCAAAGCCACUGAACCAAGAAGCAUCACUGAUCAUUGAAUAAUGCAGAAUGUCCCAUCUAUCUAUCUUCUCCCAUCUAUCUAUGACUAUAUUCUAAUAAUGAUUUCAUCUUUACCAGCAUCACUUCUUGUAAUCACCACACAACUCCUAUUGGGAAGUUCUGUAUGUAAUGUAAAGGUUUGUAAUGUUUUGAUAUGUAUUAGUGUUUAAUAAAAUCCUUUUAUUUAAAU